CGGUAAGGAAACCAUUUCCUCUCAACUUCGCGUCCGAAAGAUUUUCAUCUCUUUUAUAUCUUUCCAAUAUACUUGAACGCAUACAUCACCCAAUUUCUCUCGUAAGAAAUCUCAAUCGACUUCAUACACGAAGCAGAAUUACCCCACCAUGGCAGAAAACGACCUCUACGAGAGAAUCGUCAACGACGAACGACCCAUAGCAGCCCGCAGGAAACCACGUAGCAGCAUUGGACCAAACAUUAAAGCACGGUCGAAUCCACAGCCUGAAGUCUCACGACCACACGGAAUUUCGACACCACCAACAACACCGAAACGAUCGAAGAAACGCGUUCGAUUCUCCGAGCCUGGGCCAGAAAGCAUCGAUACCGAGUCUGCAUCCUCAGGACUCACUCCUUUCAUACAACGAACCUCAAUCUCGACUACUCCCACCUCGAAACGUAGACACUCCACAACCGCGACGUUGUGGAAUCGUGCCGACUAUGAUACCUCGCCGAUAUCUCGGCCAUUUCAUUUUGUUGCUCUGCGACAGGUGCUAGAUGAAAGAGUGAAGAGACGGCUCAGAAGGAACAGAUUGAGCGAAGAGAUGAACGAAAUUGAGAGGGAAAAGCGGAUUGAAGCACGGCAAGUCGAAAGACUCCGAAGCGAACUGGCGGCCAAAGACAUCGAGAUCCAGAGCCUGCGAGGCCAACGGGACCUUGAAACUCAAAUUGAAGAAGCGUCCGGCGGCUCUAUUAUCACAAACACCACAUUGAGUGCCAAGGUCCAAGAGCUGGAACAAGAGAUUGUGCAGCUGAAGACAGAGCUGCAGAGAAGAGAGAGUGACACAGAAGAUGAUCCAAACUGGACUGUGGCAGCUCGGGACCCGUUUGAUUUCAACGACGAUGGCGAUAACAUGAUCACGAAUUACGAUGAGGAUUUCACGAUGAACGACGAGGUGAUUACUACCCCAACACGACUCAACACCUCGUUCCCCUCUCCACCAUCAACAAUGCCCAAUACGCCAUGCAAAUCUGUCUCCUCUAUGAAUGCUGGUAUCCCAACCUCACCACCUGUCCCAAACCCCGAGAAUGGAGCUCUCAAAUCACAACUCCAGUCUCUACAAUUGGAAAUAUCGAAACUCACUGCCGCUAUUGCAUUCAACGACGACAACGAAACGCGUCUCGCUCAAAAACUCUCAGACUUCAUACCCACAGAUGGGUCCCACGACCACACCAGCCUCGACUCCGCACUCGACUCCGUGCUCACUCAGCUCGCGCUGUCCCAGUCACACGCUCUCGAACACUCAACCGCAUUCUCAGCCCUCACUAAUGAGAUUACAAAUCUCGGCUUUCCUUCUUCCUCAGGUCCAGAACAAACCUUGGAGACCAUCGCCUCUCAAUUCCGGCAAGCAAGACUGGACCUCGAGUACCUCACACCUGGCGAAAAUCCUGAAGGGUUUGAGAAUGAUAAAUUGCUCGACAUGCUUGUAUCCCGCAUCAAGGUGUUGGUCCAGAAAGUCAAAGAGAGGGAUGACACUAUUGAUCAAUAUCACGAGCAAGAAGUGCUAUUGAGACAGCAGAUUGACACGAGAGUAACUGUCAUGGAGGAUAUGCGUAAAGAGCUUUCACUUGCCAACUCAAUUUGCGCUGAUCUACGCAGCGAGAUCCAGGAAAACGAAACCAGCAAUGAGAGGUUGAAGGAGGCGCUUGAAGGAUAUCGGACCGAAGUCUCUGGACUUGAGAAACUUAUUGAGCGGAUUGAGGGUGAAGGUCGCGAAUCAGCAACGUCGUUGAACCAACUAGUAGCCUCUGUUCAGGAAGAGCAUAAUGCAUUGAAAAUCGAUAACGAAAACAAGGCGCUCCUCCUUGCCGAACUUGAGGAGCGUCUCGCUUCCGCACUUCGCUUCGCUUCCGAACUUGAGGCACAACUUGCCUCUCUCACCACCACUCACUCUUCAUGCACUUCUACAAUCUCCCAACUUCAACUCUCCGCCUCAGAGCGAGAGAAAGCUCACGGCAAUGCACUCGCGCUUCGCGAUGCCCGCGUCUCCGAGCUCCGCGAAGAAGUCGCGCGCGUAAACACCUCACUAAAGAAUGCUCAUGGCGUCAUCUUCAAUCUUCGAAAAGAGAACAAGGAACUCGUUGCUCAGAGCGAAGGCGAGAAAUCUCGUGGAGAGUUCAAGCUGCAGAAUAUGAGGGAUCAUGUUAUCCGCGCGGUGAUGCGAGACGGAAAUGGAGAUCUUGGUGAUGAGAUCUCUGUUUUGGGGCCGCGUCGUGAGGGAAAUGAGGAAAAUGAGGGGAGGACAGGCAGUUCAAUUGAGGGUGGAUCGAUUGAGCCAGUGGGUCUGGGAGUUGUGAGGGAGGCUCCUAUGAUGAUGGAUGCAGGGCUUGCGAGGAGAAGUGGGAACGGGAAGAAGAGACGGAGGUAUGAUAGUGGAAUGGGGUUUUUGGAUGAGGAGGACGAGGGGGCCUUGAGUUCUGAUAUAUGAUAGUGUCUGUCGUUUUAUUGCUGUGCUUUCUUUUGUCGUGUUUGAGUCCAUUGCUGGUGUUGGUGUUUAUUGUUAUUUAUUUCGAUCUCCGGAGUAAUAUGUGAACGCGUUCUAUUAUGCCUCCCUGAGUUGAGUUGUGAUACUCUGCCUCCUUUUCUUCGUAUUGGAAGGAAGAAUUGGGGUGCGAAAUUGGGAGGGGGUGGGGGGUGUACAUCCGCCGAUGUUCUCCCUUCUCUGCACACGAGGAGUUAAUCUCACUAGCCAUUGGAAGAAUCGGAGCAAGAGCACCUUUGCCACAUCACAAUUGUGGAAAUACAAUCAAAAGAUUUGUUGCAUAUCUUAUAUUUGCCAAGACUUUCGAAAAGCCAUCGGAUGUCUACCCCCGCGGGUUUGUUCGUGUUGUAGCACUUUCUCCACGGUUAUAUUACCAUUGGGCGCCCACGUCAGCUUCUGGACAUGCUGC